UUUGAUUUCGCCAUCUUUUUUAUACUGAUUAAUGUUUCUGCAGAAUCUGUUAAUGGCGGACAACAAAUCAAAUUGUUUUGAUUCUCGAUUGUGGCAAGCAUGUGCUGGUACUAUGGUAAAAAUGCCUGCAGUUGAUUCGAUAGUGUUGUAUUUUCCUCAAGGGCACGCAGAACAUGCCGGUGUAAAUGUUGAAUUUAGGAGUGACGUUAAGAUUCCAUCCUACAUUCCUUGUAGAGUUUCGAGUAUUAAAUACAUGGCAGAACGUGAAACUGAUGAAGUUUUUGCGAAAAUUAGAUUGACGCCUGUUCGUCUUAGUGAAUUUUUCGAAACGCCUGAGGAAGAAGGAAUGGUGAAAAUUGGGUCGGAUAAUUCACGUAAACCUCUUUCGUUUGCUAAGACAUUGACUCAAUCAGAUGCUAAUAACGGUGGAGGUUUUUCUGUUCCGAAAAAUUGUGCAGAUACGAUUUUUCCUACUUUGGAUUACAAUGUGAAUCCUCCCGUUCAGACGCUCUCAGCAACGGAUAUUCACGGGAAAUCAUGGCAAUUCAGACAUAUUUAUCGAGGGACACCAGAACGUCAUCUUUUAACAACCGGCUGGAGUACUUUUGUCAACCAAAAAAAGCUUGUUGCAGGUGAUUCCAUUGUGUUUCUAAGGAAUGAAAAUGACAAAAUUUCUAUAGGAAUUCGAAGGAUUAAAAAAAAGAGUGUUGCAAUGGAACCCGAGACUUCUCCUUGGUGGUUUCCAUCGGUUGGUAAUCUUACUAUACCACGCGGAGGAUUUUCAGCUUUUCUCAGAGACGAUCAUAAUACAAACUCGAGUUGGAGUUUGAUAAACAGGGGAAAUGUUAAAGCAGAAUCAGUUAUUGAAGCUACGAAACUUGCAACUAAUGGACAACCAUUUGAGGUUAUCUUCUAUCCGCAGAGUACUACUCCAGAGUUCUUUGUUAAGGCUUCACGUGUCAAGGCAGCAUUGCAAAUCCCCUGGUGCUCAGGAAUGAGGUUCAAAAUGCCCUUUGAAACUGAAGACUUAGUGAUAAGCUGGUUCAUGGGAACUAUAUCGUCUGUUCAAGCCAACGAUCCAAGUCAAUGGCCAGAUUCACCUUGGAGGAUGCUUCAGGUAAUACAAACUAUAUUUAGUAUAUAUAUCAUGUUAUUGUGAUCCGUUAUACCACGACCUAUUAGUUGAUACCUUUAUCUCUCUAAUUGUUGUAGGUGACAUGGGACGAGCCAAAUUUGCUCCAUAAUGUGAUGUGUGUCAACCCAUGGCUCGUGGAACCAGUCUCAAACAUGCCCACCAUCAACUUUAAUCCCUAUACACCCCCACUAAAGAAACUUCGAUUAUCUCACACUUCGGAUUUUCCUUUAAAUGGUCAUCUUCCUAUGUCAGGUUUUCCCAAUAACCAUCUAGAAUUUUCUAUAGAUCCUCCUAUGUCAAGUUUUCCCAUCCAUCAUCUACUUAGGCCCUAUGGUUGUCCUCCUAACAACACCCCUGUUGGUAUGCAGGGAGCCAGGCAUGCUCCAUAUAAUUUAUCAUUACCGGAUAUCCACACCAAUAAUUUGCUCUCGAGUCUAUCUCCUGUCGGAUUUCCAUCACUUCAUCAUGUUGUUGCGAGUCCAAAUACCUCCAAUAAUACCAUGAUUCCCAAGCCAAGUAGAAAUGCCGGUAUAUCUAGUUUGCUAACCCUUGGAAGUUCAACCCAAACUAAUAAGAAAUUUGACAGUGAAAAAACGACACAAUUCGUACUGUUUGGUCAACCCAUAGUUAUUGAACAACAAACCUCUCAAAGCAAUUCAAGAAUUAGUGUUUCUCCCCGUCAUGCAACGAAUAGUUUUUCUGAUGGGAAUGAAUAUAAAAAAGAGAAUACCUCUGAUUCCUCAGAUACUUCAUUUGUUCACAAUAGUGUACCAGAUUACUUACCAUCUAAAUCAUUUCGAUCAGAAGAAAAUGUGGAGAUUGGACACUCUAAAGUUUUCAUAGAAUCUGAAGAUAUAGGACAAACAAAACAACUUGGUGAAUGGUGAUGAGUCAUUUAGGUAUGAAUAUUCAAACUUAAUCCAGAUUCAUACCAUCAUUUCUUUUUUUAUGUAUAUUAUCCCAAUUUGUUUUGUAGGAAAAUUCACAAAAGCGGCACAAAGAUUAACAAUUCUAACGGCUGGAAGCAGUGAUAAUAUAAGAGCUAGGACUUAUAGUCGCUUUUUAUUUUUGUCUCGAUUAAUAUUUUUACUAGGUUCAAUGAUGAUCUUGA